AUUACAAUGUUUCAAAUGUCCUUAUAGUCAUAAAAUGUUAUCAGGAAUAUUUAAUAAUGAUUCGAAGUAUAAGUGAACCAUCUCUAGGAACUGUUACGGGUACAAUAGGUACAGUUCUGGGAACUGGUCGUUCCAGUAAAAUUAAUAUUAAAAACAAAGGCAUUACUUACACGUUACGAGGAAGAUGGUUGUGGGAGGGAAGGUUUGGAGGUAUUAUACAGAGAAUAGUUUUAGCGCCUUGGAAAAUUUGGUGGCAGAUCACAAUUUUGUUUAUUGUUAUAUAUGGAUACAUUGUUCAUCUUCUACUUGCCUAUUAUUUGGAACAAUCAUAUUUACUUCUGGAAGUAACCCUUGUGAUUGGCGAGAUUUUUUUCUUUUUUGAUGUUAUGAUACAGCUGUUGCACGAGUUUUGGCCCAUUUUAAGACUGUACAUGCGAGUCUACAGACGAAGUUAUAUAUCGUUGGCGUAUGAUGUCAUAAGUCUUAUGCCACUGAUUUUGAUAUUCAAACACAUCCCGGAGUAUCAAGAAGGAAUACUCGUUGGAAGAUGGCUAGGAAUUUUUAGAAUAUAUAGAGUAAUUGGUUUCUUUCAAAGUAUUAACGAAUCGAUGCGUACUUCAAGGAUAAACUUGUAUGUUGGAGAACACUUUGUCUCACUGGGUCUAAUACUGCAUGCUAGUACUUGUUUAUGGUAUUAUUUUAACAAACCACAAUUAGAUCCGAAAGAAUGGCAUAUUUAUGGUUGGUUUGUUGGUUCAAAGAAGCUCAAAUUUGACAACUAUCUCACAUGUUGUUACUUCUGUACUUGCCGCUUGUUUAAUUGCAUAUUUGGGGAUAGCUUUCCAUUGAGCUAUAAACAAAAAUGGUUAACUUCUCUCUUGAUGAUUUUUGGAUACGUUUGCAUUAAAUACCAUUUCAUUGGAGGCCUCACGUGGUGGCUUGUUCUUGAUAGCAGUCGCUGGGUGACCUUUGUUGAACAGUAUCACCACAUGGUCCAUUUCCUGAAAUUUAGAGGGUCACCAAAUUUUUUGAUAGAACAGGCGAAAAGAUAUAAGAAACAAUUAUGGAAGAUGAAAGAUGGAAUACUGACCACACAACAUUUACAUGAAUUACCCUUGCCUUUACAAAUGGAAUUAAUUUUCGACAUCAACGUUGGAAAUUUUCAUGAUUCCCUACUUUUAAGAGAUGCCGAUGAAUCAUUCAUGCGCCAUAUAUCAUUACUUAUGAGGCACGAGCUUUAUUUGGAAGGUCAGAACGUUUGGAACCAAGGAGUGGUUAAAAAUGGCAUGAUCUGUAUCAAACGAGGAGUUUUGGAAAUACUGUCGGAUGAAGAUGACGAAAGUCCGAUGAUUGCUUUUAAAGACGGAACUGUAUUGGGAGAAAUAAGUUUGUUCUACUCAAUUCCAUCGAAAGUCACAGUAAGAGCAGCCACAUAUGUUGAACUUCAGGUCUUACGACGGACAGAUUUCAUGCGAGCGAUGAGUGAAAAUCCACAUUUGCUUCAACAAAUUAGAGAUAAAGUCGAUUCCCGGAUUAAAGACGCUAAGAAAAGACAGAGAGCGAUAGAAAAGUAUGAUCGCGAUGACUCAAGAUUGAUUAAAACUCGUUACAGGCCUAUGAAAGUACUUAAAGAACAUUUAGCAGGAAUAGAAGAGGAAGAUCCAACAUUCGUCGACGAUUCUCAUAUGUAUUAUAAGGACGAAAAUAAUGAGAGUCGUCGUAAAUUUACUACGGAAUAUCUAGACUUGUAUCAAUUGUCUAAUAAUGUAACGAGUAUAAACGAACCGCGUAUUUGUCUACGAGCAAACUUUCCUUGGAUUUUGGAACCGAAUACGGAUUUCUUACAUAUAUUCGAUGUUACUCACUUUAUAAUGGUGCUGUAUAUCUGCUUCCUGUGUCCGCAUUUCUCAGCGAACCGUAACUUGCCUGACUGGGAGAAGAUUCUUAACACUAUUGUUAUCGCUGGACUUUUAUUAAACAUAUAUACACAAAUCACUACUGCGGUAGUAAAAAAGAAUGUUAGAAAACUUACGGUACGUGAGAUAAUUGAAGAAAAGAUGGCCACUAUGGGGUUUUAUUUAGAUAUAAUAUCUGUGUUUCCAUUGUAUAUAUUCACUGACACUCUGGAUCCUCAAAAUGAGUCCAUUGCUACUCAAAUAGCUGCAAUGUUGCCCAUGUUGCAAGUAUGGCAUGUAUGGGACUACUUGGAUAAAUGGCAAAAUAAUUUUUACAGUAAUGCCAAGAUGCUUUCUCUGUUGAAGUUUUUUCUGCUAUUCAUAAUAUUUUGUUAUUGGUCUGGAUUUAUUUUAUAUCUAACCGCUUGUCCUAAAAACUUAUGUCGUGAGGAUUCAUGGAUGGCUGCGUUGAUUUAUUGGGAAACUAAAAUAUUCGUUACAAACGAUGCUAAGCAUGAAAGGCCAAAAACAUCGGCUUUUUGUCUUGGAACAGCCAUCAUCACUGGCAGUGGAUCAUCCAAUGUGUAUCCAGGGACCGGUGAUAUAAUUCUGGUCAUAAUCUUAAUCGCCUUUGGAUGCUAUGUUAGUUGUUUUUACAUAGCUAAAAUAAGUUCCCUUUACUUGCUGUCUACUCAGAGAAAAUUAAAAUUUAAGGAUUCAAUGAGAGAUUUAUUUUACUUUCUUUCUGUGAACCACGUGAGCGGAAAAAUAAAAUCUAGAGUAAAGAAGUUCUUUACCGUGCAAUGGUACUACAACAACGCUGUAUCAAGUGAAGAAAUAUUUAAAGACAUGUCUAGCAAUAUUCAACAAGAAGUUCUGGCUCUGCAAAUGAUUGAAACGUUUCAAUAUUGCCCUCUGUUUCAGGACUGCAGUCAUGAUUUUCUACAAACAUUAGCUUCUAAUUGUAAAUCUUUAGUUUUACCCGAAAACGAAGUUUUGCAACAUGCAGCUGAUAUCGGGAGGGAUAUGUAUAUUUUAACAAAGGGUCAUUGUAAUAAAUUAAAUCAUUUCGGCAAAGUCGAGUCUUCAAUUGGUCCUGGUAGCGUUAUUGGAGUUAUAGAAAUGUUGUAUGGCCUUCCAAAGGUUCACACUGUGCUGACUUGCACCAACUGCAGCUUAUUACACAUAGAAUACAGUGCUCUCGUUCAAUGCUGGAGUACGUUUCCUGAUAUAAAACAUCCAAUUUUUGAGACAAUAAAGAAUCCUGAGAUAGAAAAGGAGGCGUCGCAAUUUGUAGAUGGUAAGCCGUUAUUGGGUAGAAUUGAUACCAGAACGAACAGAUUUACGCAAGAAAUAAAAGAAAGUUUUGUUGUAUUGAGUGGACAUAGAGGCAAAGAGGAAUUUCUAGAAACUUUUAACAAACUUGGCAUCAUGAGAUACUUAAGAUAUAUAUUUCUACCCGGAUGUAUAACACCACAUGGUCUUUUUAUAAAACUUUGGUGCACGCUACGAUUCUUCUUGGCAAUUUACUACAUAUUAAUUGUCCCCUAUAAUAUUGCUACAAAACAAAGUAAAAAUGGCGGCGGAUAUAACUGGGUGGAUCUUUUUCUAUAUGUGGAUAUAAUAGUGAUGUCUUACGUUGCUUAUUACGAUGAUAAAUCACUCCUAAUAACACAUCCCUUUUUGACGAUGACGAGAUAUUUGAAACAUGCCUUUUUUCUUGAUUUGAUAAGCGUUCUGCCUUUUGAAGAAUUGUUUAAAAUUAUUAAUGAAAACUCCGAAUCCGACCUUUAUCGAAUAAAUCGCAUUAUUCUCGUUUUUAGAAUCACAGGAGCUUUCAAUUUCUGGGAGAGUGAUAUAAUGAGAGUCAAUGAAGCUGUUAUUCUUCUGAAGUUUCUUCCUGUUGCUGUUACUAUCGUUAAUCUUGUUACGGCCUUAAUUUUCAUGAACUCUUGUACACCAUACACAGUGUCGACAAGUAACUUAAUUAUGGUUAAUUGUACAAGUGUCAUGGUGCUCUCGAGCGAAAAUCAUAGAAUCAAAUAUGCCGUCUCGGAAUACAUUUACACAUUUUUCUGGUUAUUCGAAAUAUUAGUCGGUUGUGGGUGUAUGCCUGUUGCUAUUCCUAACAAUUCUGACAUUUGGUUGACAAUGGCAUUGCAAAUCUUUGGAGUUCUAUACUUCGCGUUUAUGUUCGGCUACAUAGCUUCAACUCGCAGUGCAUCGUCUCACGCGUUAUUGGAACACAAUGAAAACGCUCAGGAUUUGGCUAACUUUCUUUAUCAAGCAAAUGUCGACCCCAUACUUACAAUAAAGACUUUGAAGUAUUUCGAAUAUGUUUGGAAAAGGACACAUGGCAGUGACCCACAAAAAAUAUGUCGAGGAUUAAACUGUGCGCUAAUGGAAGACACUCUUGUGUUCAUGUAUGAACGGGCUCUUCGGGAGGUGCCGUUGUUCGGUAAAGUGGAACGGUCUUUCAUCAGAGUCAUUACGCAGCAUCUUCAUGAAAUGUAUUUUCUUAAGGGCGACACGGUUGUGCAAUGCAAGGACAUACAAUCAAAUAUUUACAUCAUUUACAGGGGCAAGGUAGACGUGAUGAACUCAUACAACGAAAUGAUAACAUGCAUGGGUCCUGGUGGAAUGUUUGGUAAUUUUACUGGACAAACAGUUUCGAGUUCCGAAGUAGCGAUAUACGCAAGCCGAAAUUUGGACCUGUUAGUUCUGCCUGCUCAGACUUUCUUCAAUUUAGUUAAAUACUAUCCCAAAAUACAAGAACCGCUAAAUAGAGCGUUUGAGGUUUCUAAGAAUUACAUCCUACCUAUAACAGUGGAUAAUGAAGAUACUUCGUCCUCCGAUUCUGACUUGGACUUGUUAUCACAGGAUUCCGCAUUCGAUUCAAGAAGUGGCUCUAGCAGAUUUGAGACUGGGGGUGUUCAAUAUAAGCUGACAACGGCUCAAUCGACAAGCAAUAUAAGUCAAGCAAAAUCCUCUGUUAGCGUGAUGACGUAUCAGAGCUAUAUGGAUAUGAAUAACCUAUUGAAACCUGGAUCUAAGUUAUACCAGGGUUAUGGUUAUAUUACCUGCGCGAUAGCAACAGCCAACUACGUGCUUGCCUUGUACGAGCUGGUCACCUUAAACGACUGCUUCAUUAUAUUUUGGCUGCAAUACUUCUUCGACGUGUUUUUCUACGUCAAAAUAUAUUUAUCAAUGCAUGGGGGAUAUCUCAAUAGGCAUGGUGACCUAAUUCUUGAUUCAAGCAAGUGCCGAGCUAGAUACUAUAGACAUAAGCUGUGGAUGUGGAGCGAUUUAGUAGCCAACUUACCCACUGAAUUGCUAGGCUUUUGUUUUUUUAAAUCAGUGACAGCAAUGCACUAUCUGCGUGCUAACAAGCUAUUGAGAAUAAAGUACCUCGUUGAGUUUUACCGCACCACCUCCGCCGAACUCACCAAUAAUCUAACAAAGCUUCAGACAGCAAUGACGUUCUUUAUCGUUGUAUUAUUGCUUCAUACUUUUACUUGUCUUUGGUUAGUAACGCUUACAGCCAUCACACCGAUCAACUCAAUAAGAACGUUGAAGUUAUAUAUAUUGGAUGAUGACACGUCUCAGACGGAAUGGGAUUACACAACAUCAUUUUAUAUCAUAGUAGCUGAACUUACAUCUACCGGUGGAGAUGAAAUUCUUGUAGAUUAUUUGCUACCAAUAAUUAUUCUCGCCAUAUCAUUGAUAUCCGGCAAAAUGUUGGCUGCCAUUGUUAUUGCAACAGCUAUGCAGGUUGAAUACUCUACCAAGUAUGCUUUGAAUAAAUACGAAAGGGCUACUGGUGAGCUCUUAGACGUUCUGAAAAAUCAAGGACUGUCAAGUUAUCAGUUGAAGAAAAUAUGUAAAUAUGUUCAGCAGCUAUGGGUUACGGAAAGAGGGCGUCAGCUGCCAGUAUUGAUAUCGAGAACUCCAUACGUUCUCCGAUGCGAUUUAAUGACGGCUAUGUUUGGUCAACAUCUAAGGAAUUGUUUCUUAUUUGCUGACACCGGCCAACCUUUUCUACGUCAGUUAACAGCGUUACUGGAAUACUCUGUUUUCUUCCCUGGUAAUUACAUAGUAGUAGCAGGGGACAGUGAAGCCAGAAUGCAUUGGGUAGCAUCAGGAACAGUGUCCGUGGUGUCAGUAAAAUCUGACCUAACCGAAACCACACAUGAGAUCUUAGGUGUUGGAGACGUGUUCGGAAUACUCCAGGGUUUGAAUCGAGGAAUCACCCACUGUUUUUCCUACAGAGCUCAAAACAAGGUCAGCAUAUUAACGUUGAGCCUGGAUUCCUGGAUAAAUUUAUUACCAUACUUCCCGGACGCUCAAAGGAUUAUAGCAGAGAGGGCACAAAUAUUAUUUACGCGAAUUUAAUUUAUUACAAUUUUCAUUUAAAUUAUUUUAUUAAAAAUAUAUUAAAAAUGAAUGUUCAUAUCUUCAGUAAGAUAAAAAAAUGUAUCAAAUUUCAAAUGCAUAUUAGUGUUACAUAUAUUUUAUUUAAUAAACAUUUAGUUAUCUCUUUUUUGUUCUCUACUACGUAAUAAUAAUAAAAAUAUGUUGAAAUAUA